UAAGUGCAGUACAUUGGUUCCUUAGAAUGUCUGAUUUUAAGCGGGAGAAUAAAUCAACUGAUGCCCAAAUAAACAUUCACACAAUUUUUGCGAGUGGUGCUUUCAAAAAUGUGUACAAAGGAAAUUAUAUCAAAGGAGAAAGAGCUGGCCAAGAAUGCGUCUGCAAGAUUUUCAAAGCUGGAAGCGUAUUUGAAGCAUCAUAUUUCCAAGCGGAGCUUAAUGUGGUUGCCAAAGCGCUCGAGAUUGUAAACAGGUUUAACAGAGGCAAAAACAUUGACCAGAACAUUUGGCUUAACCAGCCAGAUGUGUGGGUUUUUCUUGCCGGAGAAAGAAAGGGAGAAAAAGUGAUGAUUGAGCCCAUGAUUACCAAUUUUGAAAAGUUCAACUCCAACACAGGAUGGACUCCAGAAGAAUCGUCUCCUUGGAUAAAUGCUAUGCAAGCGCUCAGCCACUUUUCCUAUCACACAACCAAUCGCCGUUUGCUCCUUUGCGACCUCCAAGGUGGCGUCUACAAGGAUGGCUUCGUUUUGACUGAUCCUGUCAUUAUGUCAACUAAUCAAGAAUAUGGACCAACGGACCUCGGUGCUCAUGGAAUUUCAACAUUUUUUGCUUCUCAUCGAUGCAACAAAUAUUGUAAAGCUCAUUGGCUGAUCCCGCGCGAUCAAAAAAUCUAUUUUACAAUUCAAAAGGGAUCUGCCAUGGUCCUCCCUCGUCGGCAAAGUCGUGCUGCUUUAACCUGUCGACUACCAGGUUUAUUGGAAAAUUUGUCCAUUCAAGAGGAAUAAACUGAU